GAGCAAAGGAAAAGCGUCUUGGAAAGCAUUUUAUAGCUGCUGUAGCAAAGUAACAGCGAAUUGUGCUGCGAAAGUCUAAUAAUAAUACAAACAAUAAUAAUAGCGACAGAGCCAGCCUCUGAGCGCCGAGGACAGUGACAGUCUGUUAAUAGGAUAAUGUAGUCUCUUACUUAUGACAACCGGUGUGUUUUUUCUCGGAACUUUUGUCGGGAACUAUUGAAACUACAGUAUUCACGAGAGAACAUCAGAAACUGAAGUUGACUGAUCUUAUUUCGCGGAAAAUGCGACUGCAAGAAGAGUCAGCUUUAAGCCAUGCAGGAUCUAUUUAGUCUACAAAGCGGUUCUGCUUCAUUCGUCCAGAAUACCAACAGCCUCUUUGUUAUUCCAAAAACAGUUUUGUGAAUUCCAGCCGGAGCUGCACACUACACAGAUAUCCAGCUUACUGAAUGCAAGAGGUACAUGAGAAGGAAGAGCAGCCACCCUCACUGUCUGCUGUACGGCAACUUUAAUGGUUUCCUUUGCGGUUUAUCAGCAUCAACAGACUGCUGCAGGGAAGCGAAGUGAGAAAAAAAGAAGUUUACAAGAUGGUAUAGUGAGUGUAUCUCCACAGAGUUCAAGAAUGACUUCCUUACCCAAGAAAGAGGCUCAGGUUCGGCAGCUUGAAGUCAUGAAGCCCCAUUCCCCAGGCAUGGACAUGCAACUUACUGGUUGUGGGACACUGACUGCUCCCACCAUGGAGUCCAAAGCUGUCUGUAUUCCUUCACCUUACAUGGACAGCACCCAUGACUACAAUGCACUGGCUUUCUAUAGCCCAGCCAUGCUUGGGUACAACAGUAACUCAAGCGGUCUCCCCAACAGUCCAGCAGUGCGCCAGACACUUAGCCCUUCAGUAUUUUGGACCCAGCCAAAUCACAUUUCGUCCUUAGCUAUUCACUGCCAACAAGCUUUGAUGUAUCCGGACUCCGAAAGGAGCCACUGGGGCGAGAGCCGGUCACGAGAGCUGAUUCUUGCUGUGAACAGCAAAGAGAAUAAGCAAAGGGAAGAAGAUCCAGGUUUGCUGAAGAGCUUCCAUGAUUCCAAGCAGGACAUGCAUUACUGUGCAGUCUGCCAUGACUUUGCUUCUGGCUAUCACUAUGGAGUCUGGUCAUGUGAAGGUUGUAAGGCCUUCUUCAAACGCAGCAUUCAAGGACACAAUGACUACAUUUGCCCUGCCACCAACCAGUGCACAAUAGACAAGAAUAGAAGGAAGAGCUGCCAGGCUUGCCGUCUGCGGAAGUGCUAUGAAGUUGGAAUGAUGAAAUGUGGUACAAGGAGAGAGCGCUGCAACUAUCGCAUUCUACGACACAAACGACUUUCACAUGGGCAAGUACAUCUUGAAAAUAAAGCCUGCCGAAUCAGAGAGACCUGCCCAACGUUUUUUAAAAUGGCACACUUCACCUGUCAAGGCCCAGAGCAGCUUCUGAUGUCAAUAAAAGAUGCAGAGCCUCCCAGUAUCCAUAUAAUAGACUACACAACAAAGCCAUUCACUGAAGCAACCAUGAUGAUGUCAUUAACACACCUUGCAGACAAGGAACUUGUGCACAUGAUCAACUGGGCCAAAAAGAUCCCAGGAUUUCUGGAGCUAAGCCUAUAUGAUCAGGUGCGCCUACUAGAAUGCAGCUGGCUAGAGGUCCUCAUGGUGGGUUUGAUAUGGAGGUCAAUCGAUCAUCCUGGAAGGCUGAACUUUUCACCAAAUUUGAUUUUAGACAGGGAUGAUGGAAGCUGUGUAGAAGGAAUCCUUGAGAUAUUUGACAUGAUCCUUGCCGUUACAUCACGCUUUCGACAGCUGAAGCUCCAGCGUGAAGAAUAUCUGUGUUUGAAAGCCAUGAUCCUGCUCAAUUCAAAUAUCUUUCCUGACACCUCAGAGAAGUCAGAAGAGAAUGAAAGCAGAAGUAAACUCUUUAAACUACUGGAUUCUGUGACUGACACACUGAUUUGGGUAAUUGCCAGAAAAGGUUUGACUUUUCAACAGCAAUCAAACCGUCUGGCAAACCUCUUGACGUUGCUCUCCCAUAUCCGACACGCUAGUAACAAAGGCAUGGAGCACCUGUACAAUAUGAAGUGCCGGAAUAUCGUGCCACUGUAUGAUUUGCUGCUUGAGAUGCUGGACGCACAUACACUGAGCUUCCCAAACUCAUCGAAAGCUACCCGAAGCCUUCAGGAGGAUCCCAAGGAGCCAGUGACCUGUUGUAGCCGGCCAAACAUCCUUUACCAUGAAGAAGCUCUCUAAAAUGGCUUGGUGUUCUAGAAAUGGAUACGUUUCACCCACGGCCUGGCAAGUAGGCCAAAGAGCCGGUGUACUCUUGCUUGGCCAACAUAGCAUUCCUUGUUUUGCUGUAAUCGACAAGGGUCAAGCUGCUUACUGGGACUGAAUGCUACACCUACCACCUCCCAAGCCAGUUAUGAACAGUUCUGGUAAAGGAAGUCUUUCCUUGAGGUUUACCAAAGCAGCUACUUCAGCAUGGAGAAACCAACAGAAAAAUUACCUUAAUUGGGAGCUUCAGACAGCUGUGUUGUUAACAGCGACUGCUUUUUUUUUAUAAUAUUAAAACGUAUUAAAACCUAUUUUUAUUUUCUGCAAGUCAAUGAACAUAUAACAAAAAACAAAUUUAUUGUGAUCUGUUCGACUAAUUAAUGUUUGCCUCUUUGAUUAUCUGUGUGGUGGGAAUGGGAAAUAAUGGUACCUGACUUGGGGUCAUGCUUGUAUUCCACAGCAGUGUUUCUCAAAGUCACAGCUGUAAAUAAAAUAAAAAUGAUCUCUCUCGGUUAAA